GGCAUUCACGUCGUGCGCCGUUACUGAAUGGACGUGUGCCGCGCGCCUCGCUCUAUUCAACGCACUACUACUACAACAAUUUUAAUCGGACUGUUUUUUUUGUUUGUAGCGUUCUAAUUUAUUUCGCCGGCGCGAGCACUAAAAUUAAAAGCUUUAUUCGGUAACGCUAUCUACUGAUUAUUUGCCGUCAGCUUAGAAUCUAUUGUCACGGAGUGACGUAAAGCCUGGUGCAGUGAUAACGGAGAGUGAUGUGAAUUGUGUUGUGUUUACGUUACGAUGUGCGUGGUAGUGUAGGAGGCUGUAUCAUGGGGUAUGCAUCGAACGGUGCGGGGCGGGCGGCGCACGAGGCGCUACUUGCCCGACAUGAUGCCGAGUUGCGUCUGAUGGAGACUAUGAAGCGAAGUUUGCAGGCUAAAAUGAAAAGCGAUAGAGAGUACGCUCUGGCGUUGUCCGCUGCAGCCGCACAAGGACAAAAGAUGGACAAAUGCGAGGAAUUGAACGGUUCAGUAAUAGCAUCGGCAUGGCGGACGAUGACUGAGGAAUGGGAAAACACAAGUCGCCUGAUAAAGGCCAACGCUGAGGCACUGGAUUCUCGUGCCUUGGAUCGCCUGAACACUCUUAUGACAGAGAGGCGGAAGGCUCGUAAAGUUUAUCAGGAAGAUCAUAGUAAAAUAUCUUCCCAAUUCACACAGCUCUCAGAAGAGGUCCAGAGGAAACAAAGCGAGUACCAAAAAUGUCUCGAGUCAUACAAACAGAUGAGAGCCAAAUUCGAAGAGAAUUACCUUAAAUGUCCAACCAGUCGAGGAGGACGUAAACUAGACGAGACCAGGGACAAGUAUGGCAAAGCUUGCCGAAGGUUACACAGAGCUCACAAUGAAUAUGUGCUGCUGUUGGCGGAGGCGACGGAGUGCGAACGAGCGCUGCGUACCGCAUCUCUGCCUGCGCUGUUUGACCAACAGCGACGGCUUGGAGAGGCAACGGCUUCGUCGUGGAAAGGAAUUUUGAUGGAAGUGGUGCAGAGAUCCGACUUUGGUACGGAGAAGUUUAAGGAGAUACAAAACAAGAUUGAAUCGUCUGUACAGAAUCUGAGGCCGCAAGAGGAGUACAAAGAGUUUAUUGAAAAAUACAGGUCACCGCCCUCAACUCCAAUUUCAUUCAAUUUCGACGAGAGCUUAGUCGAAGACACUAGCGGCAAACUUCAACCGAAUCAAUUAACCGUUGACAAUCUCACAGUCGAAUGGCUCAAAGAGAAGUUGACAGAACUGGAAACGAUAUUACAGGAUAAUCGGGAAAAACAAACGGCGUUACAAGGCCCAGAGAUAAUUGGUAAUGGUGUCUGUAAAAACAACAACACUGGUAUGACAAAUGGGGUUAAUGGAGUCGAUAGACAUUCCCCACCGCCGAUCCCCGUGACGACGGCGGAACCCGUGAAGCUGCUGGAGCUACGCGUGUCGGAGCGCAAGUGUGCGCGGCAGGCGGAGAUGAUCCGCGCCGCGCUUGCCGAGCUGGGCUGCGAGGAGGCGCCCAGCGGCUGUCCCGACCUUUCCGCCGAGGUCGUGGGCGUCGACAGUCUGGACGGCAGCUCUCCCGACCACCAGGAUCGAUCAUCUCUCGGAUCUAAAGCGUCGAUGGACGCUUUGCGAUUGCACCUCCACUCUAUCAUACCACCGAAGCCGUUCUUCAGAAUGUUUACACGACCCUUCCGACGCAAGUCGGUUCCGUCCAGCCCCGCGUUACCACCCAAGACAUAUAGAAGUAGCAGUGAGGGACCUUCGGAUUCGGUUAGUGUGAGUGAGACAGAGCGAUCAUUAGUAGACCAAGAAUGGUUCCACGGUGUACUGCCUCGGGAGGAAGUGGUUCGUUUGUUAAGAGCUGAUGGGGAUUAUUUAGUCAGAGAAACGACCAGAAAUCACGCAAGGCAACUAGUAUUAUCAGUAUGUUGGGGACAACAUAAACACUUCAUCGUACAGACUACGCCAGAGGGCCACUACCGGUUCGAGGGUGCGGCGUUCCCGUCGGUGGGCGAGCUGAUCGCGUGGCAGCGCACGAGCGGCGUGCCCGUCACGGCGCGCUCGGGGGCGCUGCUGCGGCGCGCCGUGCCGCGCGAGACCUGGGAGCUCAACAACGACCACGUGCAGCUGCUGGACAAGAUCGGACGGGGUAACUUCGGCGACGUGUACAAGGCCCGGCUGAAGACUACGGGUCAGGAGGUGGCUGUGAAGACGUGUCGGGUGGCGCUCCCGGAGGACCAGAAGCGCACCUUCCUGCAGGAGGGUCGCAUCCUUAAGCAAUACCAGCACCCUAACAUUGUGAGACUCAUCGGUAUCGCAGUACAGAAGCAACCCAUCAUGAUCGUCAUGGAACUCGUACCUGGUGGUUCCCUAUUAACGUUCCUACGGACGAGAGCAUCGAAUCUCAGUUCCCGAACGCUGCUAGCGAUGUGCAGAGACGCUGCGGGCGGCAUGCGGUACCUAGAGUCGAAGAACUGCAUCCAUCGCGACCUGGCCGCCAGGAACUGCCUCGUGGGAGAUGAUAACAUCGUCAAGAUAUCGGACUUCGGCAUGUCGAGGGAGGAGGAGGAAUACAUAGUGUCGGGCGGCAUGAAGCAAAUACCUAUCAAGUGGACGGCUCCGGAAGCUUUGAAUUUUGGAAAGUACACGUCGCUGUGUGAUGUGUGGAGCUACGGCGUGCUGAUGUGGGAGAUCUUCUCCAAAGGAGACACGCCGUACGCCGGCAUGAGCAACUCGCGCGCGCGGGAGAAGAUCGACAACGGGUACCGCAUGCCAGCUCCCGAGGGCUGUGCGGAAGACGUUUACGCGCUGAUGUUGCGUUGUUGGGAGUACGAGCCUGACAAGAGACCGCAUUUCCACCAGAUAUACACGAUCAUAGACAAUAUUUACAACAGAUAAUUUUAAUCAGUCAUUUUGUAUUAUAAAGGUAAAUGUCUAUGUUUGUAAUGUUAUUGUAGAAUAUGUUGCAAAAUAUGGUGAUAAUUAUUGUAGAAGGGAAAAUAUCUGUUACUUUUCUCAAAUGUUUACCUGACUGCUUUUGUAUUAUUUGAAACUUAUAUUGAAAAAAAAAAACAUUGUAAUCUAUGUUAUAUAGCUUAGUAUUAAAAUUAUAUUUUGAUGCCUUUUACAUAAAUGUUGAUCUCUAGAAAAACUUUAGGGGUUGAGCGAUCAUGAAUGGUUUUAGGAGUAUUAGGAAAAGAAAUUAGUGUUUAAAAAUGUCAACAUUUAUGUAAUAGUGAAUUAUUUCAUUAAUUGCCAUUUCACUUUGUUAUAUUUCCAUGUUAACCCGCAAAUUAUUAAUUAAGUUUCUUUAUAUUUGCAGGUAUGUUAUUAUUAAAAAUUGCUUUAUUCAAAGUGUGCAAUUUGUGUUAUAAAAGCGGACUUAUUACUUCUACUAGUUAUGUCGCGUUUCAGAAUCAUUGUUAACUUAGCGAAAUGUUAUAGGUAAUAAUAAAUUUUAAAAUACAAAAUUGAAAACUAUUAUUUUACAAAGGUGCAAAUAUUGAUAUUAAAUAUUACAUAAAAAUCUU